AUGUCUACAGAAGAAACUCCGGCCGUGAAAACGUACCCCGUUGCCCCACGUUUGCAGGCGACACCAACUCCCCAUAUUGGUCCCGAUCUUGACGCCUAUCGUGCUGCCCACAAGGGAUCAGUUGGCGAAGGCAGCGAUGAGUGGUGGGGAGAGAAAGCACGCGAGCUUCUCUAUUGGGACCGCCCAUUCAAGACGAUUCGUAGUGGUGGAUUUGCAACAGGAGACAUUGCUUGGUUCCCCGAGGGUGGAUUGAAUGUUUCUUACAACGCCGUUGACCGUUGGGCAUUCGAGGAUCCAGACCGUAUUGCCAUUAUCUAUGAAGCGGACGAGCCAGAUGGUGGUUGCUCUAUCACCUACGGAGAACUGCUUCGCCAAGUUUCCAGCCUCGCAAAUGUUCUUUCCACUACUUUUGGUGUGAGACCAGGGGACACAGUAUCAAUCUAUCUUCCCACCACUUGGCAUGCAGCUGUCGCCCUUUUGGCUUGCGCUCGCAUCGGGGCCAUUCAUUCCGUUGUCUUCGCUGGUUUCUCGGCUGAGGCUUUGAGAGACCGUAUCAAUGACUGUCAAAGUCGCGUUCUCAUCACCUGCGAUGAAGGUCGCCGUGGAGGAAAAGCAAUCGCGACCAAGGCCAUCGCAGAUGCCGCUCUGGAGGCUUGUCAUGGUAUUGUUGAGCACGUUUUGGUGUUGAAGCGAACGGGCGGCAAGAUCAAUUGGACCGAGGGCCGUGAUCGUUGGUGGGACGAAGAAAUGGCCAAAGUACCGAAAUACUGCCCUCCUCGGGUGAUGAGUGCAGAGGACCCACUCUUCAUUCUAUAUACUUCUGGUUCAACCGGAAAGCCCAAGGGUGUCGUCCACACUUCCGGUGGAUAUGCUCUUUGCGCGGCACUUACUGUCAAAUACGUCUUCGACGUUCACAAGGGUGAUCGCUUUGCCUGCAUGGCUGAUGUUGGUUGGAUUACUGGCCACACAUAUAUUGUUUAUGGGCCACUACUAAACGGUGUCACGACUCUGAUGUUUGAGAGCACGCCCGUUUAUCCUACUCCGGCCCGCUACUGGGAAGUCGUUGCGAAGCACAAGCUCACGCAGUUCUACAAUUCUCCAACUGCUAUUCGGUUGCUUCGACGUCUCGGCGCCCACCACGUCGAGCCCCAUGACCUCUCUUCUCUUCGGGUUCUCGGAUCCGUUGGCGAGCCAAUCAAUCCCGAAGCCUGGGAGUGGUAUCACGAACACGCUGGCCGCGGGCAGUGCGCGAUUGUCGACACAUUUUGGCAAACAGAGACGGGCUCCAUUGUCCUCACUCCUUUCCCCGGCGCCGUACCCACCAAACCUGGAAGUGCUACUGUCGCCUUCUUUGGGCAUGAACCCGUUAUUCUCGAUGCGAUGAGCGGCACGCCACUGGAAGGCAACAAUGUGGAAGGUGUUCUCGCAUUAGGAACGCCGUGGCCUUCGAUUGCUCGCACGAUCUGGCGUGACCAUGCUCGUUACCUCGACACGUACAUGAAGCCAUAUCCUGGUCUGUUCUACACAGGCGAUGGUGCUGCUCGUGAUGAGGACGGUUACAUUUGGAUCAAGGGCCGUGUUGAUGAUGUUAUCAAUGUCUCUGGCCACCGAUUAUCGACUGCCGAGAUAGAAAGUGCUCUCAUCAUGCACAAGGGCGUCGCUGAAACCGCUGUCAUUGGUACUGCGGAUGAAUUGACGGGUCAAGCUGUUUAUUCUUUUGUUACGCUCAAACCAGAAUUCAGCUACGAUUCUGGUAACGAGGCCGGUCUCGUUAAGGAACUUGUCCUCCAGGUCCGCAAGGUCAUCGGACCAUUUGCUGCACCAAAGAAGAUCUACAUUGUCCCAGACUUGCCCAAAACGCGUUCGGGAAAGAUUAUGCGUCGUAUCAUGCGCAAAAUUGUCGCAGGCGAGGGCGACCAACUUGGGGAUCUCAGUACCAUCGCUGAACCCAGCACGGUGGACGCGAUCAAGCAGAAGGUUGCAGAAGGCAACGCUUGA